AUGGAGGUCUCGUCACCACCGCCGCCGGGACUUGCCUCCAACGGCCUCUCGUCGCCGGCCCCUUUCCCGACCAUCGAGCCGGAGCGCGUGCUGGACCAUCUCGUCGCCGUCUGCCAGGUCGCCCUCGGCGCGAGCAAGGAGGAGCUCGAGCAGCCGGGCAACCUGCUGAGCAGCUCACGACAUGCCGAGACGGUGGCUCGCUGCACGCGAUUUGCUACCGAAAAUCAAAAUGUGCUCUACAUCCAAAAGGACGUUGCUACCUCCUCUGCUGUUGAUGCUGGAAGCGACGUUGCUGUUCCCUCCUCAUUCCACUACACACUUACGACUGAAAUCACAUCGUCUGCCACCACCGUCGCCUCGCUCGUUCUACUAAAGUCGCCGCAGCCCAUCGACCCGACUCGAUCCCUCACAUCCCAAAUAUUCAUCACAAAUAUGCCUGGACCCGCUGCCCUCAACGCCGCAGUUGGAGAGCAGGGCACCAGCAUUUCUCCAUGGGAGGUCCUGCAUUCGCAAGUGCACCAUGCCCUGGUACCAUACUUUGACGCAAACACCAAGAGCCAGCUAGCCGCCAACGGGCUGCGCGGCCGUGCUGAUGUCGACGCCAAGACUGGUAUUCCCGUCACUAAAAAGAGGCUCAAUGACCUGGAGCUCAGUCUCCUCCAUCUCCAGCAGAACGUCGACAUCCCCGAGAUAUCCUUGACCUUCCACUCCAUUGUUCAGAACGCUCUCGAAGAAGCCGAAGCUCGCCAUGGCCGACCCUCCAUCGAUUCUAUACCGCCCACAUUACUUCAGGACAGCACAUUUCUCAACCGCUUACAGGCCAAUGUGAAUACAUGGAUCAAGUCGAUUCAGGGUGUUACCAAAAUGACCAAAGACCCCUCGUCUCCCACCAAUCAAGAGUUUAGCACCGCCAGCCAAGAAGUCAACUUUUGGUUAUCCAUGGAAUCGGCUUUGGAGGGCAUUGAAGGACAGCUUCGCAGUGAAGGUGUUUUGUUGACGCUUGAGAUACUCAAGCACGCCAAGCGUUUCCAAGCGACUGUUAGUUUCACUGCUGAUACUGGCCUCAAGGAAGCUAUGGACAAGGUGCAAAAGUACAACCAGCUUAUGCGAGACUUCCCCCUGGAUGAGCUUCUAUCUGCGACAUCCCUCUCCAAGGUCCAGGAAGCUAUUUCCCAAAUCUUCAACCAUCUCACCAAGAAGUUGAGGAUUUGCCCUUACCCGAUCCGCAGAGCGCUGCCGCUGGUCGAAGCAAUCUCUGCCGAUUUGGACGACGUGCUCCACCGACUGCUCCCUGGCAUGGAGCUGGUCAAUCUCGACUACCAGCAGUUCCAGACAAUCAUGCACACAUGUGACGAAAUUUUUCAUACGUGGGAAGACAACAUCAAGGAUUUCACCAAUGUCGCUCGUGAAGUAACCCGCCGCAGAAACGAAAAGUUUAUACCCAUCAAGAUUCACAAGAAGCAUUUGGAACUCGAGUCACGUAUCAAUUAUGUUAGCACCUUUCGUGAUAACCAUGAACAGCUCCAGCGCACUAUUGUCAAUGUUCUCGGUCCCAAUGCCACCAUUCCUGGAAGUACAGAGACAACUACCACAAAUGGCAUCGUGAUGGAGGAAAUGGGUGAUGUGGACGCUGUUGAAGAGGUUCAACAAGCCUGGGAAGCCCUGCAAAAUGUUGAUCUCUUGGACGUCACUGAACAGGGCAAGGAACGCUGGGUCCUGGCAGAGAACCUCUACAACGAGCGCACGACGAGAGUAGAAAACUCCAUCAUUGCACGCCUCCGUGACCGCCUCGCAACUGCUAAGACGGCAAACGAAAUGUUCCGUGUCUUCUCCAAGUUCAACGCGCUUUUCGUGCGUCCCAAGAUUCGCGGCGCCAUUCAAGAGUAUCAGAACCAGCUCAUGGAUCAUGUCAAGCAGGCCAUCAACGGUCUCCAUGAGAGGUUCAAACAGCAAUACGGUCACUCGGAAGCACACGCAAUGGCGCAGCUGCGUGACUUGCCGCCCGUCUCGGGUGCCAUUAUCUGGGCUCGCCAGAUCGAGUUUCAGCUGGACGGUUACAUGCGCAAGGUGGAGGCCGUUCUCGGUCCCGAGUGGACACUUCACGCGGAAGGCCACAAACUCCAGGAAGAGAGUGAACUUUUCAAGCACAAGCUAGAUACAGCACGCAUUUAUGAAGCUUGGCUUGCGGAUGUUGGCCGUCGUAAAAUUUCGAUUUCUGGACAGCUCUUCGAUAUCGCUCGUGUUCGAUCUGCUGGCGGUAUUCUGGAGCUUGCUGUCAACUUCGAUCCUCAGAUCAUCACCCUCUUCAAGGAGACUCGUAAUUUGACAUGGCAGUCUUACUCUGUCCCUCACGCCAUCACCACUGUGUCCAAAGAUGCCAAGCGUGUGUAUCCCUACGCUGUCAGCCUCAUGGAGAGUGUCAGAACUCUGUCUCAAACACUCCGUCAAAUAUCUGUCAUGGGCGAGGAGUCUGUCCUUUUGAAUGGUUAUCGCAACGAUGUCUACAAGCUUAUUGCCGAUGGUGUUCCUCUGCGAUGGGAGUCUUUUAUCAACUCGCAUGAGCUCUUCUACACAGAUCAGAGGCAGACAAGAGCACUGCUGCCAGGCGCUAACGACUAUGGCCUUUCAAAGAAUACGGAGAGCAAGCACGGAAUGUUUAUUCGUGGAUUUGCGGCUGCAGUCUCUGUACUUCAAAGCAAGGCCGUUGCUCUGAGUUACAUUCACACCACAGUGGAACAGGCUCUAAAGGAGUUUGGUUCAUGCGACUACGACUCCUCUGCCUUCCAGUCGAGACUUGACACCAUUCAGGCCGCAGUCGACCAGCUAAAUCUGGAACAAUACGUCAAUCUCGAAUUUUGGGUGCGAGAUCUGAACAAGAAAAUCCAGGCCGCCCUGCUUGACCGUCUGCACAGCGCCAUUCAGUCGUGGGUCGCGGCGUUCGAGGAGGAGAUACCUGAGGGCACCCGCCGCAAACCCCUUGCCGAGGAUGAGACCAAGCCGAUGGGACCGACGAUGAAGCGCCUCGUUCUGGAAGUAGCGAUGCGCAACCAAGUUAUCUAUCUCGACCCGCCCAUGGAGUACGCCAGAGCUAGUUGGUUCCUACAUUUACAUGAGUGGCUUGGCAUCGUCUGUAACUUGCGCAAGAUCAAGGCUGCUCGUUACCAAAUGAGUCUAAAUACCACCAUGACCGAUGAACCUCGCUUUACUGAUCUGCCUACCGAGUGUGCUGAUACUCUUCAGCGUGUCUAUGUGUCUGUCGAGAAGAAGUUACAGGAAAUCAGUGCAUAUGUGGACAAGUGGCUGCAAUUCCAAUCUCUUUGGGAUCUUCAGUCCGAGCAAGUUUAUGACAUGCUUGGUGACCAUCUUCCGCGCUGGCUGGAGUGCCUGCAAGAUAUUCGAAAGGUGCGCACCACAUUUGACACUCAAGAAGUUAGCCGUUCCUUUGGCCAUCUUACCAUCGAUUACGACCAAGUGCAAACCAAGGUCAACGCCAAGUACGAUCAAUGGCAGCAAGAAAUUCUCAUCAAGUUUGCUGGCCGUCUCGGAACCCGCAUGCGCGAAGUCAACGCCGAUAUUGAGAAGGCUCGAAAGAGCCUCGAGGGUCAGAGCUCCGACACCUCGUCCACAGCUCAGGCUGUUCAAUUCAUUACUGCUGUCCAGACCUGCAAGAGAAAUGUGAAGCUGUGGGCUCCUGAAAUUGAUAUGUUCCGUCAAGGCCAAUCUACACUUGUCCGCCAGCGUUACCACUUCCCCAAUGACUGGUUGCAUAUUGAGCAAAUCGACAGUCAGUGGGAGGCUCUCAAGGAGAUUCUCGAAAAGAAGUCCCGUGUGAUGGAGGAGCAGUCGGACGCGAUGCGAGCCAACAUUAUUGCCCAAGACAAGCUCGUCAGCGGACGCAUUGCCGAGAUUGUGGCCCAAUGGAACGAGGACAAGCCCGUCUCUGGUACGAUCCAGCCCGAUAUUGCUUCUGCUACGCUGAGUGGCUUCGAGACUCGUAUUUCUGCCAUACAAGAAGAUUUACAGCAAGUCAUCAAGGCCAAGGAAGCCCUCGACUUGCCCGGUUUCGCAGAUACCUCUCUUGAGGCUACUUUGGAAGAAGUUCGCGACUUCCAGUCUGUUUGGUCCAACCUCUCCACAAUCUGGGCCAAUUUGAACGAAACCCGAGAAAUCCUUUGGACAGCCGUCCAACCUCGCAAAAUCCGCUCCAAAGUGGACGACCUCAUCAAGAGCACCAAGGAAAUGCCCAGCAGAAUGCGCCAAUAUGCUGCAUUCGAACAUGUCCAGGGCAUUCUUCGCGGAUUUCUCAAAGUCAAUCCUAUUCUCUCUGACCUCAAGUCUGAUGCCAUUCGCGAGCGUCAUUGGCACAAGAUCUACAAGCAGAUUAAGCCGCAGAAGCGCUUCUCUCCUAGCUCCAUGACGCUCGGCGAUGUCUGGGAUCUGAACUUGGUUGCUACCGAAGCCAUUGUCAAGGACAUCAUUGCCCAGGCGCAGGGUGAAAUGGCUCUCGAAGAAUUCUUGAAGCAGGUUCGCGAGACUUGGCAAAACUACGCCCUCGAAAUGGUCAACUACCAGAACAAAUGCAGGCUCAUUCGUGGUUGGGAUGAUUUGUUCGCCAAGUGCAGUGAGAAUCUGAACUCCUUGCAGGCCAUGAAGCACUCGCCCUAUUACAAGGAAUUCGAGGAGGAAGCAGUUGCUUGGGAAGACAAGUUGAACCGUGUUCACGUCCUGUUCGAUGUCUGGAUCGAUGUGCAGCGACAGUGGGUCUACCUCGAGGGUGUCUUUACUGGCAAUGCCGACAUCAAGCAUCUCCUUCCCAUUGAGUCUGGUCGCUUCCAAAACAUCAACAGUGAAUUUUUGGCUGUUAUGAAGAAGGCCAACAAGACACCCUACGUGCUUGAUGUCCUGAACAUUCCCAACGCCCAAAAGUCUCUUGAGCGUUUAGCCGAGAUGCUAAACAAGAUUCAGAAGGCGCUUGGCGAAUACCUCGAGAAGGAGCGUGUGUCCUUCCCUCGGUUCUAUUUUGUUGGUGAUGAAGAUCUUCUCGAAAUGAUUGGUAACAGUAACGAUACUCUCCGUAUUGCCAAGCACUUCAAGAAGAUGUUUGCAGGUCUCUCUGGUCUUGUUAUGGAUGACGAGACAAUCAUCUCUGGAUACACUUCAAAAGAAGGUGAGGUCGUCAAGCUGAAAAAGGAAAUUUCUUUGGCACAGACGCCGCGCAUCAACGACUGGCUUGCUUUGCUCGAGGGUGGCAUGAAAACUAGCCUUGCCGAACUCCUUUCAGAGGCUGUGGAUCAGUACACUCCCCUCUUGCAGUCCAGCACCAUUGAUGCUGCAGCGCUCCGCAACUACAUGGAGGAGUUUCCCAGUCAGAUCGUCGUUCUCGCUUCUCAGGCUGUCUGGACUACGGUUGUUGAAGAAUCUCUUGCCAACGGUGGCCAAACUCUCUCCGACAUAUUUGAGCGAGAGGUCCAAAUUUUGCGUGUGCUUGCCGACACUGUUCUUGAGGAGCUGCCCGUUAUCCUCCGCAAGAAGUGCGAACAGAUGAUCACCGAAUGUGUCCACCAGCGAGACGUAAUUGAGAAGCUGGUUGCUGCCAAGGCGGAUUCGCCUACACACUACCUCUGGCAGCUCCAGAUGCGCUAUAUCUACACACCUCAGGGCCCUGCCCUUGAGCGUCUGCACAUUAAGAUGGCCAACGCCAAGCUCAACUACGGCUUCGAGUAUCUCGGUGUACCUGACCGCCUCGUUCGCACACCUCUCACAGAUCGAUGCUUCUUGACCCUGACCCAAGCUCUGUGCCAACGUCUUGGUGGUUCUCCUUACGGACCUGCUGGUACUGGUAAAACCGAAUCCGUCAAGGCGCUUGGCGUGCAGCUCGGUAGAUUUACCCUCGUCUUCUGCUGUGAUGACACUUUUGAUUUCCAGGCCAUGGGCCGCAUCUUCCUCGGUAUCUGCCAAGUCGGUGCUUGGGGCUGUUUCGAUGAGUUCAACCGUCUUGAAGAGCGCAUUCUGUCUGCAGUUUCGCAGCAAAUUCAAAACAUCCAACUUGGCUUAAAACGCGGCGGCGAAAACGAUGACUCACAGAUUGACCUCAUUGGGCGUCAGCUGCGCGUCAACGAGAACACUGGUAUUUUCAUUACCAUGAACCCUGGCUAUGCAGGCCGUUCCAAUUUGCCCGACAACUUGAAGAAGCUCUUCCGCAGUGUUGCAAUGUCCAAACCCGACAAGGAACUCAUUGCCGAAGUCAUGCUGUACUCUCAAGGUUUCAACCAAGCCAAGAAGCUUUCCAAGCAAGCUGUUCCGUUUUUCGACAUGUGUGCCAAGCAGCUCUCCAAACAAGCGCAUUAUGAUUUCGGCCUACGUGCGCUCAAGAGUGUUUUGGUCAGCUCUGGUGGUCUCAAGCGUGCUCGUAUCACUGACAGCAAUAUUGGCACUGGAGAAGUCGUCGAGCCCGAAAUCAUUGUGCAGAGUGUCCGCGAGACCAUUGCGCCGAAGCUCAUCAAGUCUGAUGUCGACAUCAUGACAAAGAUCGAGGGCGAAUGCUUCCCCGGCGUACAAUAUGUGCCGGCUAACCUGCAUGCUCUCGAGGAGGCUAUCCGUGCCAUCGCAGCUGAAAGACACCUGGUCGUUACUGACAUUUGGAUGACCAAAGUCCUCCAGCUGUACCAGAUUCAAAACAUUCACCAUGGUGUUAUGAUGGUGGGAAACUCUGGCAGCGGAAAAUCUGCUGGUUGGAGGCUGCUGCUCGACGCUCUUCAGCGAGUUGAAGGCAUCGAAGGCGUUUCUCAUGUCAUUGACUCCAAGGUCAUGUCCAAGGAAUCUCUCUAUGGUAAUCUCGACUCGACGACCCGCGAGUGGACUGACGGUCUAUUUACAAGCAUUCUGCGCAAGAUUGUUGAUAACCUUCGUGGAGAAGAUUCCAAGCGCCACUGGAUCGUCUUUGAUGGUGAUGUUGACCCUGAAUGGGUUGAAAAUCUGAACAGUGUUCUCGACGAUAACAAGUUGCUCACCCUGCCGAAUGGUGAACGUCUGAACCUGCCAUCCAACGUCCGCAUCAUGUUUGAAGUCGAGACCCUCAAGUACGCCACUCUGGCUACCGUCUCUCGUUGCGGUAUGGUGUGGUUCAGCGAAGAAACUGUCACGCCCAGCAUGGUCAUCACCAAUUACCUAGAGUCUUUGCGCAACGUGCCAUUUGAGGAUCUUGAUGAGGACAAUGUCGCCACCGGUCAGAGCGCUGCCAAAACGCUCGCUGUGCAGAGCCAAGCUGCAGACCUUCUACAGGGCUAUCUGGAAGGUGAUGACUUCGUCAUGCAAGCCCUCGAAAAGUCUGAAAAGUACAACCAUAUCAUGGAAUUCACUGUUGCUCGUGUGCUCACUACCUUGUUCUCUCUCCUCAACAAGGCUGUCCGCGACAUGAUUGAGUAUAAUGGCCAGCACUCUGACUUUCCUCUCGAACUGGAGCAGAUCGAAGCUUUCCUCCCCAAGAGACUCCUACUUGCUCUUGUGUGGGCCUUUACCGGCGACUGCCCCCUCAAUGAUCGCAAGUCAUUUGGUGACGAGAUUUGUGCAUUUGCCAACUUUGGAUCUCCACCCCUUGAUGGCUCCAGCUCACUGAUCGAUUUUGACGUCAACCUGCCCAAGGCUGAGUGGAACUCCUGGCAAACCCAGGUGCCCACUAUCGAGGUCAACACGCACUCCAUCAUUCAAACCGAUGUUGUCAUUCCUACACUAGAUACUGUGCGCCAUGAAGACGUUUUGUAUUCUUGGCUGGCUGAGCAUAAGCCGCUUCUACUGUGCGGUCCUCCCGGUUCUGGUAAAACAAUGACCCUGUUCAGUGCCCUUCGCAAGCUGCCCAACAUGGAAGUCGUCGGCCUCAACUUUUCCAGUGCUACUACUCCCGACCUUCUGAUCAAGACUUUUGAGCAGUACUGCGAGUACAAGAAGACCCUGAACGGUGUUGUGCUUUCGCCCACGCAGAUUGGACGUUGGCUUGUUGUCUUUUGCGACGAAAUAAAUUUGCCUGCGCCGGACAAGUACGGGACGCAGCGCGCCAUUUCCUUCCUUCGUCAGCUCGUCGAGCACAACGGUUUCUGGCGCACCUCGGACAAGUCGUGGGUAACUCUGGAUCGCAUCCAGUUCGUUGGAGCUUGCAAUCCGCCUACCGAUGCCGGGAGAACGCCCAUGGGCGCAAGAUUCCUUCGCCACGCCCCUCUUAUCAUGGUCGAUUAUCCUGGUGAGCUGUCUCUCAACCAGAUUUACGGCACGUUCAACUCGGCCGUGCUCAAGAUCAUCCCCGCCCUUCGAGGUUAUGCCGAGCCGCUCACACAGUCCAUGGUUCGCUUCUAUCUGGAAUCUCAGAAGCGCUUCACACGCUCGAUCCAGCCACACUACGUGUACAGUCCUCGUGAACUGACGCGCUGGGUUCGUGGUGUGUAUGAAGCUAUUAAGCCGCUUGAGACUCUGUCAAUCGAAGGCCUAGUACGUAUCUGGGCCCACGAAGCUUUGCGCCUAUUUCAGGACCGCCUCGUGGCUGAAGACGAGCGCAAGUGGACCGAGGAAUCAGUUCACAAGAUUGCCUUGCAAUAUUUUCCUACCAUUGACGAGGAAAAGGCUCUUGGAGGACCCGUGCUCUUCUCCAACUGGCUGUCAAAGAAUUAUAUCCCCGUCGAUCGUGAACAGCUUCGAGAGUUUGUCAAGGCUCGUCUCAAGACUUUCUGCGAAGAAGAGGUGGAUGUUCCUCUUAUCCUCUUCAACGACGUGCUGGAGCAUGUUUUGCGCAUUGAUCGUGUUUUUCGUCAGCCUCAGGGCCACUUGAUCCUCAUUGGUGUCAGUGGCUCCGGAAAGACUACACUCUCACGCUUUGUCGCCUGGAUGAAUGGUCUCAAGGUGUUCCAGAUCAAGGUCCAUGGCAAGUACUCUGCUGAAGACUUUGACGAUGAUUUACGUGAAGUCUUGCGCCGCUGCGGCUGCAAGGGUGAAAAGAUUUGCUUCAUCAUGGACGAGGCCAACGUCUUGGACUCGGGCUUCCUUGAGCGCAUGAACACCUUGCUUGCCAACGCCGAAGUCCCUGGCCUAUUCGAGGGUGAUGAAUAUGCUGCUCUGAUGACUGCUUGCAAGGAAGGUGCUCAACGCCAAAACUUGCACCUGGACUCUCCGGAAGAACUGUACAAGUGGUUCACCCAGCAGAUUGUCAACAACUUGCACGUCGUCUUUACCAUGAACCCGCCCGAAGAUGGACUCUCUUCCAAGGCUGCGACGAGUCCUGCCCUAUUCAACCGUUGCGUUCUUAACUGGUUUGGAGACUGGUCCGAUCAAGCACUAUUCCAGGUUGGCCACGAACUUACCCAAUCUAUUGACCUGGAUAAGAGCAAUUGGUCUGCGCCUGACACAGUGCCCGUGGCCUAUCGUGGCCUCAACAUGCCGCCUUCUCACCGCGAGACUAUUGUCAACUCAAUGGUGUAUAUCCACUACUCGCUCGCAAGAUACAACGAGAAGCUUUACAAGCAACAGAAGAAAAUCACGUUCCUCACCCCACGUCACUUUCUGGACUUUGUGGGCCAAUACGUCAAGCUAUACACGGAGAAGCGUGAGGAUCUAGAGGAGCAGCAGCGCCAUCUGAACGUCGGCUUGGAGAAGCUCAGAGACACAGUCGUCAAGGUGCGCGAUCUUCGAGUCAGCUUGGCUGAGAAGAAGGCACAGCUCGAGCAGAAGGAUGCGGAAGCAAACGAGAAGCUGCAGCGCAUGGUUGCUGACCAGCGUGAGGCAGAACAGAGAAAGAACACGUCAUUGGAGAUUCAGGCUUCAUUGGAGAAGCAGGAGGCUGAAGUUGCCUCGCGAAGAAAGGUUGUGUUGGAGGAUCUCGACAAGGCCGAGCCUGCCGUUGAAGAGGCCCGGGCCAGUGUCAGCAACAUCAAGCGUCAGCACUUGACUGAAGUACGUUCGAUGAGUAACCCACCGCAAGGCGUCAAACUUGCUCUGGAUGCCGUCUGCACGCUGCUUGGCCAUAAAAUCAAUGACUGGAAGGCUGUCCAGGCCAUUAUUCGCAAGGAUGACUUUAUUGCAAGCAUACUCAUGUUCGACAAUGCCAAAAUGAUGACCAAAGCCGUACGGCAGAAGAUGCGCAACGAAUUCUUGUCCAUCCCCGAUUUCACCUUUGAAAAAGUCAAUCGUGCCUCCAAGGCGUGCGGCCCCCUCGUACAAUGGGUCGCUGCUCAAGUCAACUACUCGGAUAUCCUUGAUCGCGUGGGGCCCCUAAAGGAGGAAGUUACGCAGCUUGAGGAGCAGGCUCUGCAAACCAAGGCCAAUGCCAAGGCUGUUGAGAAUAACAUUGCAGAGCUCGAGUCCAGCAUCAACACAUACAAGACGGAAUAUGCUGCGCUCAUUAGCGAGACACAAGCGAUCAAGGCGGAAAUGUCCAAAGUUCAAUUCAAGGUUGACCGCAGUGUCCGCCUGCUGGACAGUCUGUCCUCUGAACGUACUCGAUGGGAGGAAGGUAGCAAGUCUUUUGAGACGCAAAUCAGCACCUUGGUCGGCGACGUCCUAGUUGCUGCUGCAUUCCUCGCCUACAGCGGUCUGUAUGACCAGCAAUUCAGAAAAUCCAUGAUGGAUGACUGGCUGCACCAGCUCUACCUCUCUGGCAUCCAAUACAAGUCGCCCAAUCCGGUUACAGAAUACCUUUCAAGCGCGGAUGAGCGCCUGGGCUGGCAAGAGAACUCCCUGCCAGUGGAUGACCUCUGCACAGAAAAUGCAAUCAUCCUCAAACGAUUCAACCGCUACCCAUUAAUUAUUGAUCCCUCUGGCAGAGUAACGGAGUUCUUGCAGAAGGAAUGCAAGGAUCGUCGGUUGACUGUGACUAGCUUCCUAGAUGACACGUUUACGAAGCAGCUUGAAUCCUCGCUUCGAUUCGGAAACCCCAUAUUGAUCCAGGAUGCUGAGCAUCUUGACCCAAUUUUGAACCAUGUCCUCAACAAGGAAUAUCAGCGCACUGGUGGCCGUGUUCUCAUCCAACUCGGCAAGCAGGAAAUUGAUUUCUCGCCAGCUUUCAAGCUGUAUCUCUCAACCAGAGAUCCUUCGGCUACGUUUGCCCCCGACAUUUGCAGUCGUACCACGUUUGUCAACUUUACCGUUACGCAAAGCAGCUUGCAGACGCAGUCGCUCAACGACGUUCUCAAGUCGGAGCGUCCUGACGUGGAUGAGAGGCGUUCUAACCUUAUCAAGCUGCAGGGCGAGUUCAAGGUCCAUCUGCGACAGCUAGAGAAGCAGCUUUUGCAAGCUCUCAACGAGUCGCGUGGUAACAUUCUGGACGACGACAAUGUCAUUGAGACUCUAGAGACACUCAAAAGAGAAGCGGCGGAGAUUUCCGCCAAGAUGAGCAACACGGAAGGCGUCAUGGCCGAAGUGGAAGAGAUUACGCAGCAAUACAGCGUCAUUGCCCGAGCUUGCAGCGCUGUUUUCGCUGUGCUCGAGAACCUCCAUUACCUCAACCACUUUUACCAGUUCUCUUUGCAAUACUUUUUGGACAUUUUCCAAUCUGUGCUCCACAACAACCAGAGCCUCGCCAACGUGACAACUCACAAUGAGCGACGAGAUAUUAUUGUCAAGGACUUGUUUGUCAAUACUUUCAAGCGAACAGCUCUCGGCUUGCUGCAAAAGGACCGCGUUGCCUUGGCUCUCUUGCUCGCGCAGGCAACCCCGUACAAGAUGGACAAGUCUCUACUCGACAUGGUUCUGGACAAAAGAUUUGAAGGACGCGAUCUGUCUUCAAAUCCCGACGCGAGAGACGAUGCCUUCAUCGAAGCGAGAAAGAUCGGUGCGCUAAAGGAGCUCCUCGACGGAGUAGCAGUCUCCGACUGGGACAAGUUCUUUACCGAAGAGCUUGGCGAGAAUGCUGUACCCAAAGUCUGGAGCGACAGUGCCAAUGGCAUGGACCAGGCGCUGCUUGCGCUCCUGCUCGUCAAGUGCUUCAGAAUGGAUCGUUUCGUGCCUUGUGCGGAGCGCUUCGUCGCACAAGUGUUUGGAGCGGAAACGUUUGAUAUCGUGGAAGAUCUCAAAAACACGGCCAUGCAAGUGUCUGCUACGCUGCCUGUAGCUCUUGUUUCUACGCCUGGAUUCGAUGCUAGUUACAAGGUGGACAAUCUUGUGGAGAGGGUCGGAGUCAAGUGUACCAACAUUGCCAUGGGUUCCAACGAAGGACUGGCAAGCGCCGACAAGGCCAUUGCGGGUGCGGCUGAGACGGGAUCGUGGGUUCUUGUCAAGAAUGUUCACUUGGCGCCAACGUGGCUGCAAAGUCUGGAGAAGCGUAUGGAGUCUCUGAAUCCUCACAAGGACUUUCGUCUAUUCCUGUCGAUGGAAUCGAGCCCCAAAAUUCCUGUCAACUUGCUGCGUGCCUCACGCGUGCUCAUGUACGAGCAACCCGCAGGUAUUCGCGCCAACAUGAAGGACUCAAUGUCGUCGCUGUCGACGCGCGCCACCAAGAGCCCGGUUGAAAGAGCCCGCCUGUACCUGCUCAUCUCGUUCUUGCACGCCGUUGUACAAGAGAGGUUGCGCUAUGCACCUACUCUUGGCUGGAAGGGUUUCUGGGAAUUUAAUGACAGCGACUACGAGUGUUCUGCUUUCAUCAUUGACACGUGGCUAGACACGGUGGCUGGCAACCGCACCAAUAUUGCUCCGCAGAAUAUCCCAUGGGACAUGAUUUGCUACCUGGUGACGGAGACGUAUGGUGGCAAGGUGGACGACGAGGCCGACUUUGCCCUGCUGCGCCAGCUCGUGCACCAGAUGCUGACGGCCGCGGCGUACGAUGCAGAUCACAAGCUGGUGGACGGCCCAGACGGCGGUUUGACGGUGCCGUCGGGAACGAGCCUGCAGGAGUUUGUCACGUGGGUGCACAACCUGCCUGAGCGCGAGCCGCCGACGUAUCUGGGUCUGCCGGCCAAUGCAGAGAAGCUGCUGCUGGGUGGGCUGGGACGCAGCCUGGUUGAGAAUGUGAGGAGCGUGACGGAGAUUUUGGAUGAGGGAGAGCAGUUGAUGGCUGAUGGAUGA